AUGAAACGAACUAUUUUAGGAAAUCUGUAUAUCCCAAAUAAGUUUAGGAGAAUCUGUAAGCAGUGUGACCAGUGUGAAGUGGUUUGGACUAUCUUUUUGUUUACAAAAUUAUAUGGGGACCGGUUCAAAAUCAAGGGCAUCAUGUUCAAGUAUGAAUCUAUUAAUGGAUUUCCAUGUGAAGGAGAGGAUCUCACCACAUUUGGUGAAGAAAUUGAUACACAAAUAUUAAAUUCAUAUCUGCCAGAAAGUGGAGAUUUGCUGCUGGAGGUAUCAGAGCCACAGUUUUGUGAUGAAACCAUGGAUGUACAGACAAAGUACAAUCCUUAUGAGUACCAAAAUAUAGAGAUCCCGAUCUCACCUCAGGGUCCACCUGAUAGGAAAAACUUCUCGGGUGAUGUUGAUUUUGUUGUUGAAAUUGAUAGCGCACGUACAAAGAAGAAGAAGUAUCUGUACUCACAUCGCUUGAACCGUAUCUACGUAGAUAUGCUGGUAAAUUUCUCAGUCAGCUUUCGCUGGGAUAUGGCCAAAAUGCCAGAGAACGCGUACAUCCGCGCCACCACAGUCUUUGCUGACGUAGCACAAGCAGAAAAGCGAGUGGAACGAUGCUACCAACACUCACACGAGUCCUCUAACACCACUGGAGCAUCACGAGCAGUUAUCAUGAAUGUCCUUCGUUCGGCCAGAGACUAUGCUUCUUCAGAUGUUCACUACUGCGGUGUGCCUGACCAGGCUGAUUCUUGGUAUUCAGUUGUGGUGCGCAGCCCUAGGCCCACUGAGCUGGCUUAUAUGUUUCUGUGCAAGAAUUCCUGUUCUUCGGGCAUUAACAGGCGGCCAAUAGAGAUUAUUUUUACUCUAGAAGAUGUUACGGGAAAAGUGUACGGUCGUCAAAGUGUUGGAGCCCGGGUGUGUUCUUGCCCUCGACGAGACAUAGCACGCGAUGAAGCAGUCGAGGGAGUUUCCCCGGACAAGAGGCCAAUCUCUGCGUCAAAUACAACGGCACCUGCUCAAGAAUCACGCUCGAAGAAGAUACGUCUUGCAGUGGUCGAGAAGGAUGAUGCCGUUAUACAACUACCCUCGAUUGAAGUGGUCAGUCACAGAACAGCUCAAAUAGGCCUUGAAGUCAUGCUGAAUAUGAUGGAACAAUCCAGAGACGCUAAACUCAGUGCCAGACAGUCUACAGAGGCACUCGACACCCAUAUUAACAAUUUGAAGAAACUUAUUAACAAUCUCAAAACUAAAGGAUAA